AUGAUCCUGCUCUCUGUUUUGCUGCUCAUGUCCCAAGCCACGGGGGCACGUCUCGAAUGCGGUGAAAGACCCAUUUUUGAGGGAGGAGCUCAGUAUUCCAGAAUCAUAGGGGGGAUGGAGGCUGAGGUGGGUGAGUUUCCAUGGCUGGUGAGUAUUCAGGCAAGAAAUAACCAUUUCUGUGGUGGCACGAUCAUGAACGAGUGGUGGAUUGUCACUGCUGCUCACUGCUUAUCUUCUGAGGAGCUGUUUCCAGGAGACUUGAGUGUUGUGAUGGGAACCAACAACUUAAACAGCCAAUCUCUGGAAAUAAAGAUGGUCACCAGCAUAGUUCUUCACAAGGACUUUGCAAGACUCACCAUGGACAAUGAUAUCGCCUUGCUGCUGUUGGACUCGCCCAUCACAUUCAACGGGCUGAAAGAACCCAUCUGCGUGCCCAGACAUUUCAGCCUCUCUGCGUGGCAUGAAUGCUGGGUGGCAGGAUGGGGACAGACCCAAACUGAUGAUGAAAACUCUAUGAAAGCUGAACUGAUGAAAGUGCCAAUGAUCAUCAAGGAUUGGGAAGAAUGUUUAAAGGAAUUUCCAAAACUUACCAGAAAUAUGCUGUGUGCUGGAUACAAGAAUGAGAGCUAUGAUGCUUGCCAGGGUGACAGUGGGGGGCCUCUAGUCUGCACCAAAGGAUCUGGCAAGAAGUGGUACCAGUUGGGCAUCAUCAGCUGGGGAAGGAGCUGUGGAAAAAAGAACAUUCCAGGAAUAUACACCUUGUUAGAAAAUUACAACUUCUGGGUUAAGAAAGUGUCUGAGUUAGAAGGAAGGCCCUUCAAUGCUGAGAAAAUGAGAGCUCCUUCCAAACAGAAACCAAGGCACUCCCAGGCCUCAGAAUCCCCGAAGCCAGGAAGCCCCAGAUUCUGGCUCCUGCUCUGCCUUCUGUCCUACAAGCUAUCCUAG